CUCUUCCCCAUUCCCAGCAGCCAGAGGUCAGGAAGUUCUGUUCUGAUAGUAUCAAUAUCUCUCUAGAAGAUUAGGAAGUUUAGUGCACUUGGCUUUAUGCCAAGAUACUGCUUACAGUGAAUUAAUUGCCAGGCAAUGGCCAUCUGGGCUAUAUAAGUAACAGCAAGGCAGAGAAAGUUCUCAGUUCAUCCUUUCUGUAGGUGAGAUCGCUUCCUCUCCAGUUCAAGGCAGUCCUUUCAGAAGAGCAAGGAUCCUUCCCGUGUUCUUGGGAGUCGUCAUGUUCUGGUCCUCAGUCCUGAAGAGCCUCCUUGCUGUCUGUGUUGUCACAGAGUUUGCUGUGAUCUUUGUGGAAAGUCUCACUUGUGAAAGCUCUUCAUGCAUCAAUGGAGACUGUCAGACCUCCAGUACAUGCGAGGCCUCAAGCUGCUUCAGUGAAACACAGGAACUUAAAAUGCCAGAGCUGCCCACAGGCCUAACUCUCCAGAAGAAAGGCUGUCCUGUAGGUGAAUGUACUGGACUGGCAUUCUCGGCAACACUGGGUGGCCAACGAACAUUUAGAUAUGACCAGCAAUGCUGUGAUGGUGAUAAAUGCAACCACACGGGCAUGCAACCAUCUCAGGUGCCUGCAAAAGAAAAUGGUGUUUGGUGUCUUGCCUGCUAUAUGGAGGCAGGCAUGCCAUGUAUUCCAACUCUCCUAAAGUGCACGGGGAACGAGACGAAGUGUGUUUCAUUUAUUGGCACAGAUGCUGUAAGCAACAAUCCCCUUUCAGUCAGGGUGGUUGGAACGGGCUGUGCGACAGAAAGCGCCUGCAACCUGAAUAUGAUUGUUCUUGAGUCCAUGCAUAUCCAUAGCUUCUGCUCCAGCAGGUUCUCUGAACCUUCAACCACCACGUCAGCUCCGGAUAGCACGGGCCUCCCACCUACAUCCACCUCAACAGUACCAGUUCUGAUUAGUCUCCUCUUGCUGAAAGUUUUGUUUUGAUCUUCCAGGCUCAGGCUGUCCCACAGUCCUACACACACACUUGGAGGGCUUCCUUCAUUGAGAAUCAAAAGUUGAUGACUGCUUGAUGCUUUUGGAUUUCAUCAUUAAAGUUCCAAUCCA